AAGUCGCUUGAUGUGAUAGAGUCACGGAGUUUACACCGUUCAGCUCAAUGAUGAGGGCGUUUACUGGAGCAGUAUGGAGCUUUCGCAGUCUGUUCAUCAUCAUUCUCACACCACUAUUAAUGCUACCGCUUCCCCUAGUCAUCAACACAAAGGUGGCUCAAUGUGCCUAUACGCUGGUGCUGAUGGCAGUGUUCUGGAUGACGGAGGCAUUGCCUCUGUCUGUGACGGCCCUUCUUCCAGCACUCCUCUUUCCUCUCUUCGGCAUUAUGAAAUCCUCAGCGGUUGCAACAAUGUAUUUUAAAGAUUUCCACUUACUCCUGCUUGGAGUCAUCUGUCUCGCAACCUCGAUUGAGAAGUGGGGUCUGCACCGGCGAAUUGCUCUCAGGCUGGUCACUAUGGUUGGAGUAAACCCUGGCAUGUUGAUGCUGGGCUUCAUGGUAGGCUGUGCUUUCCUCUCCAUGUGGCUGAGUAACACCUCCACAGUGGCCAUGGUGAUGCCGAUAGCAGAGGCCGUGAUGCAGCAGGUCAUGAGUGCAGAGGGCCAGGUCAGCAGCCAGCAGGAUAGACAGCAGCCAGCACUGAAAGGCAUCUGCAAUCUUGCGCUCCAGCUGGAAGGAGAUGCUGAGAAACAGUGUGAAAAAGCCAAGGAUGAGAAAAGCACAGAGGCAGUGAUUAAGGAAGUUUUUAUUACUGUCCCCGAGGAGGAUCAUUCCACAGAGGCUCUGCCAAGUUCUCCAUUACACUCGAACUACAGAACACAUCGAGAUCAAAUGAUGUGUAAAAGUUUGUCUCUGGCCAUUGCCUACUCUGCAAACAUCGGUGGUCUGGCAACUCUGCCUGGAACAUCUUCAAAUCUUAUCUUUGCUGAAUAUAUGCAUCAAUUUUACCCAGAAUGCAAGUCCAUCAAUUUUGGAAACUGGUUUAUUUUCUGUCUGCCUGUCUGCAUUAUUGUCCUGUGUUUGGCUUGGAUAUGGAUGCAUUGGCUGUUUUUGGGCACUAAUUUCUGCUCCUCACUGUCCUCCCGAAGGGGUCCUACUGAGAGAGAGAUUGCAGCAGGCAAGCAUAUCAAAGAUCAAUACAAUGCACUGGGGAGCAUGAGCCGACAGGAGAUGAUCACUCUUGUUAUUUUCAUGCUGAUGGCAGUGCUGUGGUUUGUGAGAGAGCCAGGCUUCAUGCCAGGUUGGGCAUCUCUGUUUCCUGACUAUCCAGGAUAUGCAACUGAUGCCACUGUCGCUCUCCUUCUGGGCAUGUUGUUCUUCAUCAUCCCUGCUAAGAGGCCCACUGGAGAUAACUAUGAUACUAUGAUAUCAUGGAAGGAAUUCCAAGCCUGUAUGCCGUGGGAGAUCUGUCUACUCGUGGGAGGGGGUUUUGCACUAGCAGAGGGCACCAAGGUAUCUGGUUUAUCCACUUGGGUUGCAGAACUGAUGACUCCAUUGGGGAAUCUCCCUGUAUUGGUCAUUGUCACUAUUGCCUGUCUGAUUGUCACGUCCAUUACAGAAGUGGCUAGUAAUCCAGCCACCAUCACCAUCUUCCUGCCCAUACUUGCUCCACUGGCUGAAGCCAUCAACGUCAACCCCCUCUACAUGCUGAUACCAGCAACUCUUAGUGUGUCAUUCUCCUUCUUGCUUCCUGUUUCCAAUCCUCCAAAUGCCAUUGUCUUUGCAUAUGGGCAUGUAAAAAUCAUGGAUAUGGUCAAAGCAGGACUGGGCUUGAAUGUCAUUGGUGUUCUUUCGGUGCUGUUGGCUAUCAGUACUUGGGGAAGACCAAUCUUUGUUCUGGAUACUUAUCCAGACUGGGCUCCUACCUUUGGCACGACAAACACAACUGGGUUCUAAACUGCUACAGUUUACUGCAGUGUCUAAUGUAAAUAAGGAUGAAAAGCAUACAGUAUCUUUGUAUCUUGGUUAAUGUGCUCCAUUCCUCCCUAUUCUGUGGGUAGUAAAUGUAAAAGGGCGCUAUUUAUAUAACUAUAAUUCAACAGUGAAAGUAUCCAUAUUUUGUAACAGUGUUCCAUAAGUACUCGGAAGAGGUUUGUGUAUGAGCUGAAUGGGUGUUGUAUAGAUAUUUUGUAUUGGAGAUACUUUAAUAACUACUUCUAAAAGUACUAACUUUAUAUUUAUAAGCACCUUUUAUUAGCACCUUUUAUAUGUAGCUCAUAUCUUUACAAAGUGAUAUACAAGUACUCAUUUAAAUCCAUAGAAUUGCUGUUCAAAUGAAUGAAUAAAAAGGGGACACAUCUAAAAGUAGAAAUUCGGGGUUCACUAGAAAGUCUAGAUAAGGUAAAAUAAAAAGGCAGGAUUUUAGGCUCACUUGUUUUGAUCUAAAAUUCCAAAUUUUUGAGAGCGCUCCAAGGAGCUGCUAACCGCUAAUUAUAAAUGAUUUACAGCAAAAUCCCCUAGGCUGAGUGAACUCUUACAUUGUUUAAAAAAAACAAACAAAAAAAUAACUAGAGGAUUCAUUUGUGUCCAUCUGGCCUUAUAUGAGAAAAACCACUUUUGUUACUUUAACACUGGGGAUUUUGCUGUGUUACCUUCACAUAUAGAACUGGGUCCCUGGUGAUCUAGCAGCUAAGGAUCCCGCGCUCUCACUGCCGAGGCCCGGGUUCGAUUUCCAGGCAGGGAACCAACCCAGCCACUGGUAGCGUACUCUCAGUGCUGGUCUCAUGCCCGGAUAAGGGAGGGUUGCGUCAGGAAGGACAUAAAACCUGAGCCAAAUCAAACAUGCAGACCAUUGAUCUGCUGUGGCGACCCCUAAUGGGAGCAGCUGAAAGAAGAAGAAGAACAACAACAACAACAACAACCUUCAUGUAUAGAACUAUAUCAGAAAAACUACAUCAGUUUCAAAAUGAAUUUAAAAAUAGUGUCUAUACACUCAACUGCAGGAUUUUCAUUCCAAAAGAACAUCAACUGAAAUGAUUCCUGUAAGCAUUCACGUAGUUUUUGUUAAAUAUACACUUGUCUUUAUUAAAAAUGGAAGGCAAAUUGGAGAUUUGUUGCAGAUUUAUUGUGUAUAGUGAUCUAGAAACAUUUAUAGUGAGCAUUGUACUUUAGCUAACUGAACUUUGAUGACAGAUUACUUUGCCUGGGCAUGUAUGGAACAAGUAUGUUGUAUCAUUUUAAAAGUUAUUUGUGCCAGUUUAUUGGACUCCAAACUGAUAAUGUUUUAAAGUUUACUUGAAUAUUUGCAUACAAAUGUACUGCAGCGUUAUUUCUGAUCUACAUUAUUGUACAUUUUUUAUACUGACGGUCUCAGCCUGUUGGGACUCCUACCAGGAAAAACAGAAGGAGAAGGAAGGAAGGAAGGAAGGAAGGAAAAGGAAGGAAGGGAUGUAAUAUCUUGAUUACAUAAUAAAUCUAUGAUAGACAGGCUCACAUGGACAUCCCAGAAAGGUGUAAUCACUAAGUGCGACUAGAAUUUAGCCAAUGACUUGAUUAAAUGUCUCAUGUUGUCCUGAUGUUCUGAUGUCACUGUGAAAUAUUCCACUGUCUACUACUACUACUUAGUAACAGUUAAUGUACCA